CGUUCAAAAUAUGGCGUUCAAACGAAGAUGUCUCAAUUCCAGUCACGAAUCAAUCUUGAAGUAUUUUCGAGUUUGCCGUGAUCCGUGUGAGAGAUUUUAUUGUCUUACAUUUUGAAAUAAGUUUCAAUGCCUUUAGCUGAGGUUGUAAACAUAGUCAGUCCCUAAAAUACCUAGUGUUAAUAAUUCUUGACGUUUCAAAGACUACAUUCUUACAAGAGAGAAAACAACAAUACAUAGAGAGGUUGGACAAACUCUAAGAAUUUGUUCAUGAUUAAUACACCAUAAUUGCAUGUAAGCAGUUUUAAUACCUGGUGGUUGUUGCUGAAUUUGUGACAUUUGAAUAACUUAUAUAGUAACAUCAAGCGACCUGUCUACACAUGCAAUACCAACUCUCUCAUAGUCCGUCACCACCACUAGCAACAGUCCGACAAUGGCCAGCAACUCCUUAAAAUCCCGAAAUAAAAAAUCCGCUGAAGAUGAUCACUCCCGAGACAGCUCAGAUUUAUCAGUAUCUGAUGACAGUGGGAUGUUACAGUCUCGGUUGGAUAAAUGUGAGCUGAAGGACAGUGGGGUGCGGCUAGAUGUGAAACCAAAGAGCAAGAUAACCCUCACAUUAGAUGUGCUGGUUGCAGACAAGAUUCAGCAGGAUGAGCUGGACAGGAUGAACAGAGAGCUUCAGGCUGAUUUGAAGUGUGGUGGUGUUAGCAACAUGUUAGCUGAAUUAAACGAACCAGAUGGAAUGUUACCAGAACACAAGAAGAAACUGGAAAUGCUGAGCAAUUUCCCACAGCACAACAUUAACGAACUACCACCAUGGGAGACACUGUUUGAAGCCUCCAAUUAUUGUUGCCUCUUCAACUCUGACCUGCAACUCAGCCAUAUAAAGUUUCUGCCUGGGAACAGUAAAAUAGAUAAUACACUGGCAAACACAGAAGGUACUGAGCAGCUGGAAUUCAUCUUGAAGUCUGAUAUCCUGCGCAUUGUGUGGUAUGCCGUGUCCAACAAAAAUUUGGUCCUUCGAUGGCUGUUCUUCUUAAUGUCUAUUCACAAUGACAUCUCGGUGAGUGAAGCAUGUUAUCAGAUCAUACUGAAUGCAAUCCAGCUACAACUCUCAUCUUCCCGGACGAAAAACACGUGGGCACCAGACAUUGCAGAUAUAUUGCGCAUAUUCAUAAACUAUGGUGCUCCAGUACAUGACCUUGUGCCCAACCAAGCGUUUCUUCGUUCCCUACCACUUGGGGCUCUGCAAAAACCCAUCAACACAAAUUGUAAGCAAACGAAGCAAGACAAAUCAAGCACCACAGCAUCAUCUCCCAGCAAUGAUGAUUCUGUGCAGCUUAAGGUUUCACAAGAUUCUGCAUCGGCCCCGAAACUCAGGAAAUCUGAUAAAGCACAGUUUAACAGCACCGGUUUGGUUUACGUCCUUUCCGUGUUAAGCUUCGUCCUUGACUCAAGACCAAAUUAUACAACAGACCAGCUCUCUGCCUUGUUUUUAAUGUUGUGCAAAGUCCGGUUGGAUAUUCAUAUUGCUACGGAUCCACUGGUCAAGAAUUUGCAAGCUGUUCUCUCAAGAAUCAUCCAGAAAUUUUCAGCUGAAGAAUGGCCACAAACGGCCAUCAAUCUGUCCAUUGACCUGACCACAUUGACCAGGGACCCCCAUAACAUGCUCUUCCUCACACAGACCUUACCACACUGUCAACAGAGUGUUGAACUCAGGCAGAGACUGGCCACACUACAGCUGUAUGUGAUCACUGAACAGGAUAUAUCCACUGUCAGCAAAGAAGAUGUUAAUAUUUCUCAAUUAUUUUGUCUGUUUCCUCACCUGAAAUCAUUUGCCCAGCAAAAGCUCAGCACCCUCUCUGUAAGCGUCGACUUACUCAGUAUUGCAGUUGGUGGAAGCUCCUUUCAGAAAUCUGACCGGGAAAACUUGCAGCAGGUUAUGCACGAGGUGAUGCAGUUAUCUGAAUGUCUUCGAGACAAUGGAAGAACUGUUGCCUGCUCUGUGGUGAAAAACAAGCUGGUGAUUCUCAGCAACCGAUGGAAGAUAUUCUUGGAAACAAUUGGAUUAACUCAGAAAAAUCUAUUUGCAUGGACCCGCAUAGACCGGCCCCAGGAAUCCAUUGAAACGGCAGCAGAGGAGAUGGCAAUUUGUGAAGAGAUUGUAUUAUCCGACUCUGACAGCACCGUCUGCAGUGAUUCCGGUUCACUCUCAGACUGCAGUAUAUUCAGCCUGCCAGAGAUCUAGG